GGAUCCUUUCUAUCUCAUUUCCUUUUUAUGUCCCCAUUAUAAUUUCAACUUUUUUUUAUGUCAUUAUGUCUUUACAAACGUUACAACCAUAGUUUAAAUAGACACUAAAACAAGAGACCAAAGAGAAACAAACACAUAAGAAGACAUGGCAGAUUGGGGUCCUAUUUUUGUGUCAGUGGUGCUCUUCAUUCUCUUGACUCCUGGAUUGCUUUUUCAAAUACCUGGUAGAGGAAGGUUUAUAGAGUUUGGAAACUUUCAAACUAGUGGAUUGUCUAUACUCAUUCAUGCUAUGCUCUACUUUGCUCUUGUUUGCAUCUUCUUCUUAGCUAUUGGAAUUCACAUGUAUGCGGGUUGAUUAGUAGCAAUCUCGAAAAAACAUGAAUUGUGGAAUUAUAUAGAAUGUAUUGUCAAGUUUGUUUAGUUUGAAUUUAGAUGUAUAUUAGAAGAAAAUUGAAUCAACCAUUAAAUUUAAAGAAGAAAAUGAUGAAGUUUGUCGCUAAGUAAGAUAAAUGUCAUCUUUUUCUUCGAUAAAUUUUGGUCGUUAAUUCAGUUUUUUCUUAUAUAUAUAGUGUGCCUAAUUUUGGUUGGAUUAUGAUGCUUUUAGUUUAUGUAUUUUUCUUAUCUUUUCAUGUUUUGAUAUUGAUUAAGUUUAAUGCUGCAAUAACAAUUGAUUUAUGAAUAUUGUAUUUCAUGCUUUUA